AUGGGAUUUCUUGGCGUGUACACGGCAGUUUACGAUUAUGAGCCCCAAGCGGACGGCGAGCUAGCCAUCGGUGAAGGCGACGUGCUGUAUGUUCUGGAUAAAGGUGAAGAUGAUGGGUGGUGGAAAGCCAAGAAGAAGGCUGGUGCGGAAGAUGAGGAAGAACCCGUGGGCUUGAUACCAAACAAUUACGUGGAGGAGGCCCGGAUUGUCAGUUAUGCACGCGCCAUUUACGAAUACACUCGGCAAACUGAUGAAGAGUUGUCGUUCCCCGAAGAAGCUAUCCUUGAAGUCUACGAUACCUCAGAUCCUGAUUGGAUUUUUGUUGGACUCGACGGCGAGUUUGGCUUUGUCCCCUCCAACUACAUAGAUAUGCAGGCAGCGACUACGGCGCGAGACUCAUCAGCGCCGUCAGCCCCGCCGGCGUUGCCCGUCAGACCGCAGUCCGUUGUGACGCCUACAAAAUCACCAUCCGGCACAGCUACGUCUUCAUCCACCCCUGCCGGUGCUGUUGCAGCUAUUUUGCAAGGUCGAGCUCAACCGUCGGUAGUGGCGUCGUCUCCGUCUCCUCCACCGCAGUCCCCUCAGUCCCCGCAGUCCACGAGGAAACGCGCACAAACCACCGAGCCUGAAUCUGGGCAAUAUGGCGAGGGCGAGUAUGAGUCUCGUUCACCAGCGUUGCCGUCUCGCCCCCACGGCUCGGUUGAUGAGAAAGCGGACAGUUCCUCGAUUCCUGCGAGAGCACAGGCGGAAGAAGCCUACAAAACACCAGGUGGAUUCCAUAUGUACAAUAUCAACGAAAUGGUCUCCGUCAUGGGUAAACGGAAGAAAAUGCCUACCACACUAGGAAUCAAUUUAGGCACGGGAACCAUCCUUAUCGCGCCAGAACGCGCUGAUGAUGAACCCCCGCAAGAAUGGACCGCAGAUAGAAUGAUACACUACUCCAGGGAAGGCAAGCACGUGUUCAUGGAACUGGUGCGUCCUAGCAAAAGCAUUGAUUUCCAUGCAGGGGCCAAGGAUACUGCCGAGGAAAUCGUCGCGGCUCUCGGAGAGCUUGCAGGCGCAGUCCGUGCUGAGGGUCUACGAGAGGUUAUCUUGGCUGGUUCACGUCAGACGCAACGCAAAGGACAUAUUCUUUACGACUUCAUGGCCCAAGGAGACGACGAGGUCACUGUGGCUGCCGGUGAUGAGGUCUUCAUCAUGGAUGAUUCCAAGAGCGAGGAAUGGUGGCAGGUUCGGCGAUUGAAGAACGGAAAAGAAGGCGUAGUUCCGAGCAGCUACAUCGAAAUAUCUGCAACAUCAACACAGGCCUCCAUUAGCUCCACACUUGAUUCUGCGAAGUCGACUGUUGAGAAAAACCGCGUCGAUGAAAUCAGAUUGACUAAAGAGGCCAUCAAAGCAGGCAAAGCGCCUCAGCAGGUAGGGCACGGAACGCCGCUCCCUGAAAGGGGCAGCAGCCUGUUGGUCAGAGAAUAUGGUAGUAAUUCGAGCAAACAGCGAGGAAAGCGCGAGAAUGGACGUGGCGAUGUUGGAAAUAAUCAAAAGCCCAAGUCAAAACCUGAUUCGUCCAAGGUUAGAACCUGGACCGAUCGAUCGGGGUCCUUCAGUGUUGAGGCUCAGUUCCUUGGCCUCAAGGAUAGCAAAAUUCACCUGCAUAAAAUGAAUGGAGUCAAGAUUGCGGUUCCGAUUGCCAAGAUGUCACGCGAAGAUCUCGAAUAUGUUGAGAAUAUGACUGGCAUAUCGUUGGAAGAUGACAAGCCAUUAGCAGAUGUCAAAAGAGCCAAGUCCAUGGAGAAGCGGCCGCCCGAUGUUGGUGCAUCUGUGAGCAAAGCUGUCAAGCCAGAGUACGAUUGGUUCCAGUUCUUCUUGUCAUGCGAUGUGCCUGUCGGUUUAUGUGAGCGAUACGCUCAAGCAUUCACCAAGGAUUCCAUGGACGAAAGCGUGCUUCCAGAUGUCAAUGCCACUAUUUUGCGGACCUUGGGUCUACGAGAAGGCGAUAUAAUCAAGGUUAUGCGCACCCUCGACGCCAAGUUCGGUCGCGAACGUGGCAACCAGGACAGCGAUUCUCAACCCGGCGGGCUUUUUUCAGGCCCAGGGGGUGCUCUUCGAAACAAUACCAGAAAGGGACGGCCGGCGCCAGCAGUACAAACCAGCGACGUGGUGGAUGCUGCCACCUUUGCGAGGACUGGAACGACAAAUUCCGCGACUGGCAAUACCAAGGCUGCAUCACCGCCUAAUGGUGGUUCCAGCGCCUCUACGACGACACAGAAUGGGGGUUUCGAUGACGACGCCUGGGAUGUGAAACCCAUUAGCAAGGCGCCGGGCAAAGAAGACUCUACUGCCAAGAAUGCCGCUGCAGCUGCAACUACAACACAAACAACAUCAGUCUCGCAGCCCAGCCUUUCGUCAGGAGUGACGGAUACUAUGAAAGAACUGUCACUGUUGACGGAGCCACUUCAGCCCAGCAAAAAGGAGCUUUCCGCAACAGCGAAACCCGACCGUCGAGCAGAACAUGGAGCGGACGUGCCUUUGCAGCACCCACCCGGUGCCAGUCCAUCAUUCUUCUCGACACUAUCUUCCAACGCAGGCCAACAGCAUACACAGCCUGACCUGGCGCCUCCAGGUUCUACCUCGUCUCCAAAAGUCCUCGCCAGGCAGCGGCCCGCGCCGCCUUCCAUUUCGCCAACACACGGCUCUCUAGUUCCGCCCCCGCCGCAAAGGCCUUUAUCAGCACCUCAGUCCGUUCAUGCGUCUGUCUUCACGCCGCCUUAUCUGACAGCCCAGGUAACCGGCUCUACACAAGGCCAGGUCGCACCGCCAGGACAAAGUCUCAACGACAUCGCCCAAGCCAGGCUACAACAACAGUACACUGCCCAGCUGCAACAUUUGCAGCCUGCUGCGACUGGAUUUUUGGGGCUUCAACCACAGCAUGUUGCCCCCUUUUCCAUCGGUGUCCCAAGUCAACAGCAGUUCAUACAUUCUGCCAACACCGGCGCUCAGGGACACAGUCCCUUUGCUGACCCGAACCGGCCCAGUCUGUUCGCUCCGCUCCAGGUCCAACAAACGGGACUCCAGGGUUCCGCCCAGCAGCCAAUAUCCGCAAUCUCACAGGGUCUUCCUUCUGCUGCUCAUUUGAACAGUUUCCUACCCCCGGCUAUAGAGCCGGAACGCACAGGCCUUUCCAGCCUGCAUUCACAUCAGGCGGGUCUCAACAGUGCCAGUCAUCCGCAGCUUCUACUACCUCAGAAGACGGGACCGCCGCCACCGGUCCGCUUCGGUAUCUCCUCGGAGCCCACGAAGCUGAUGCCUCAACAAACCGGACGAAGAGCAAACCUCUCCCAAGCAACACCCGACAACCCGUUUGGGUUUUAG